GCCAAAGAUCGCCAUUACAAACGCGUUCGGGCGUUGUGUGUGCGCGCCGCGCGGAGCGUGUGGCUGUCCCGUGGACGAAUCUUCCCGUGCGUGUCGCCGGCGUCUGCCUGAGGUGAGGAAAAACGGGGUCGUCGCGAGACACGGCGUGAGCCGGAAGUGGCGAGUAUCGCGCGUAUAUAUAUAUAUAUAUAAAUUAUAUACAUAUAUAUAUAUAUAUUCACGUAUCAUCGGUGCCGCGAGCGGAGAGACGCGUUUGAUAAAACGCGCGUUGUCCCCCUCCUCCGCCCCGGAGUUGAGUGCGCGGUCGGGCGGCGAAGUGAAGGAGCGAGCGAACGAACGAGAAACGGACGUACGGACGGACAGCGGGGCGAGAAAGAAAGCGGGAAAGAAGUGUGCGCGAGGAAAGUGUGUUGAGCGAGAUAACGCGAGAAGAGGAACACCGAGGAGAGCCAGCGCGCGGGACCCGUCAUCUCUUCGCAGCGGCGACGACGGCCGUCGGGAACGUGAAAUUCGUUCGGCGGGGACUCUUGGUGCCGCGGACUGACGAGAUAUGUCAGUGUUUGGUGGUAACGAUCGGAUUUUGCUCGAGGAAAUCGUCGAGUCGACUGACCAGCCGGAAGCUGACCUGUGUGGGAACGUCGAGACGGUGGACGACGGCUCGGUGACCACGAGUGUGACGGUCGCCGAAGUCGCUGAUACUCAAGAACGGCAACCGCAGCAGCGGCAACAACUGUCGCAAUCAAAAGGUAACGGGUCUGGUCGGCGGGUUGCUAGUCAGAACGUUGCGUUGAGCAACGGCAACGGUAUCAGCAACGUCGGCCGUGUUACGUCGCGUAGCCACAUGGAGCAGGAGAAGCGAAUGCGGCGAGAAAUCGCCAACAGCAACGAGCGACGUCGUAUGCAGAGCAUCAACGCCGGUUUCCAAUCACUGAGAACGUUGCUGCCGCAUCACGAGGGCGAAAAGCUGUCCAAGGCUGCGAUACUCCAACAGACUGCCGAAUACAUAUACCAAUUAGAGCAAGAGAAAACACAACUGCUGUCACAAAAUUGCCAACUGAAACGGUUGAUAAAUCAACACGAAGGUGGCGAUGUACCCAUCAAGAAACGCAAACCCGAUACCCAAAGUGUUGUCGUUAGUCUACCAAUGCACGUCAGCGAGAGCGGCGAUGAGGGCUUGGGCAGCAUGUCCCCCGAGCCGUUGUCGGUAAUCACAGUGACCACAGAGGGACAUUCCGUUGUGAACAGCGAUGUGGUGGAGCUCAAGCGACAGCUAGAUAGGGAGCGUCAGGCGAGACUGCAUUUAGAGAAACAAAUGAGAGCAAUUCAGCAGACCCAGUUGUAUCCAGAGAGAUUCCGAGACAAUCAGCUAAUCACUUAUCAGCCCCAUGAGGUGAUCGAGCACACGGACAACGUGAUAGCGCAGGAAACGGAGGAGGCGGUGGCCGCGCUUCAGGUGGUGUCGGUCAUGUCUUUGCCGCCGGUGGGCUCCACGCAGACCGUGGAGACGUCCAGCCCGGACCCGAGCUCACCGCCCUUGUCGCCGCAGCCGGCCGACAUGGUGUCGGAAGAGAUCAAAGAGGAGGAGUCACGCGCGAGUACUCCCAAGAUCGUCGCCUUCGCCCAGAAUCAGGUGUUCACGGCGAUGGAGGAGCCGACUACCGCGGACUCGUUCUCGUCGUCGAGUCGCGUCACGUACGCCACUUCGUCCUCCGCGGAUUUUAAGACUGGUUCGCCUCAGUACAUCACGGCGAGUCCCAGCAGGCCCUUCUCACCGGUCGCCGAACCUCAACGGCUACCGAGUGUUUUGGAGGCCGCGAUGAAGGCUGAGCCCAAAGUCGAGGUGGAGAGGUUGCCUUCCCCGUCAAACUCUCUGGACGACGGUACGCAGGGAAGGUUAUACAUCGCAAACACGUCUCGGCAGAAUUUGGAAACGAUCGUCGAGGCGAUACGUCAUCUGGAGGGCGAUCAUCUGUUCAGCGAUGAACCCGCGCAGGAUGUGCCGCUGGCAUUGACCAACAAGCAGCAACAACAGCAGCAGCAGCAGAAGCAACAACAGCAGCAACAGGCGACGGCGAACUCGACGUCAACAAAGUCUGCGACCACCACAUCCGCUUCCUCCUCUUCCUCCGCGUCCUCGACGACGUCUGCCACGGCAGCACCCGCGAAACAACGGAUACUGCACCCCGAGCGUUUCCUCCAAUUUCACACGCAACAGCAGACCCAGCAGCGGCCGGGCGUGAUCGUGGUGAAGCAUUCGUGAUCCAGCAACACCGCGCGCUCCGUAUACUGAACGAUGCAUUCAGAACGACAAUGUACUCGCCUCCACCGCGCGAAAUCACCGUAGCUUAUCAUUCGAAAAUGAGGAAUCCCUUUCAGCUGAUUUGAAGAAAAACGAGCGUUUCGCGGAAACGGGGGAAGUGGUAGCGAUCGUCGCGAUCGAGUAUCACGUGCAUUCUUCUUCGCGCCGAAGAACUCGGGGAGACACGCCGCGAGAUGCACCGAAGAGAGAUGAAUUUUUAUGUAUGUUCCUAACACAUGCCGCGCUUCGUUCGCCUUCACCUCGAAGAGAGACCGCUAAGAAGAAUAAUGCAUGCUGAUCGAAAGAUUUUUAGAUAGGAAGGACAAAGUGAUUUUAAAUCGCGGACGAGGUUUAUAGGUGUUGGACGGAGUUGAGUUCGAAAAGGACGAAAGGAUCCUCAUUGCCGAGUUGUCAAAACGGUAAAACGACGUUUAUUCGCGCUUUAUCUCAUGUAAAUACUAACGAUUCCUCCUGAUCAUUUCCGACGAUCGCCACGAGAUCGCUUUGAAUCUCGAAGAGUCCCUCUUCCCUCUCUCCUCCUCCCUUCCCCAUCCCUCCGGAGGAAAGUCCUCUUCCCUUGCCCGAAGUGGACGUUUCUCCUUCCGUUUUAGUAGAUAGACCAUUUUUAGACUUAAGCGAAUAACUACCACGAUAAUAUUUCUAGCGCAUAAGGCUGCGUACGCUGUAUGAUAUACAUAUAUACAAUUAUUACAUAUAUAUUAUUUGUAAAGAGUAUAAAAUAUAUAUACAUAUUUACGUUCUUUUUUUACAUUGUUACGGAAAUGAAAAAUACGAGAUGACGACGCGAGGAAAAAUAUUACGAUAUAAACGACGCGUAUAUAUAUGUUCUUUCGAUACUUAUUACGGGGUUAUCACUGGAUAAGCGCGAAGCGACUAGAAGAAAGUGAAAACUAUCGAACAACAACAAGGUAUUAAUCAAAAAAACAAAAAAAAAAUUACAUCCGCAUGCAACGUUUAGUAUUUGACAUUAGUAAAAAAAAAAAAAAAGCGCGGUAGAACGGCGAAGCGGACCUCGCGGUUGGUCAGGCCAAUGAUCCGUGCGCGCGUAUAUGACUCCUUUCUUCUGCGUUCUCGUGUCGCGUUAACCGCGAGAGACGCGUGUCGCGGGUUGAAAAUUCCGUUUGAUCUGUGCCAAAUAUCCCCAGAGAGUACCCAGACGUUUUUGUUCCUUCAUAGAUGUAAUGUGCGUGAUGUGUAAAAGCGAACGGCGCCGGUCGGUACAUUUAGUAGACCGUAAAUGCAGCGAGUCCACGAUCGCUCGUCUUCUCUGUGACUUAAAACUCGUCAAUGCGAUACGCGACGGCCUGGGGAUGCCGUUCCCGUUCGGCGAAGCCCCACGCGGCUUCUCCCGGCCGUUCAUUCCCGUUUGCGUCGCCGACCACAACCGAUCUCCCUAUUGGAUCAACAAUCAGCGCCGAUCGAAUGACAAUUAAUCGCAAGGGCCGGGGUGGAACCGGGACGAGCGCGGCGGGUUUUUCACCCUUCGCGACUUUCACUCUUAAACCCCUGCCGCAUACAAACACGUUGUACGAGUUUUUUCUACGCGACAUACGGAUUUCUUAUAGCUUUGCGAUGAUACGAGAUACUAAGAGGCUUGGAAUUUACACAAUUUCUCGUGCCUUUUCGAGGAGAGGAGCGAUCGACUUUCGGAAAUGGUCGAACAAUCGAUCGUCCGGCGGGCGGAAAAGGGCUGCGGACAUUUUUUUUUUCUUUCACUUUCGUUUACACGCGUCUACAUAUUAUGUGCAUUGUAUUUUUUUUUGUGUUACUUCUCUCUUUGUGCGCGUAUAUACUGUUUCACCGAAUGAUUGUACAAGCGUUAUCGCUCGUCGAGUGUAGGCCCAUAGACCAAUUUUUAAUCGAUUAUAUUAGUACACGGAUCCUUUCGCCCGUAAUUUACUAUUAUUACUGAUACUACUAUUGCUACUACUACUACUACUAUUACUACUACUACUUUUUUUUCUACGAUGACGUUGAUUGGUGUACGUGAACGCGACGUAAGUUUAAUAAGAGUUUAAUGCAUAGGUAUAUGCCUACAAGAAAUUAAUUUUAAGUACUCUUUAAGUAAUGUAAGUAAGUUAGCGAGCAAACACAAAGUAAGAUGCGACCGUAAUUAAGAUUUAGUUUAUCCUUCUAGCGGUUAGGAUAAAUAUAGGAAUUGUUUAGCCGAACAUUACGCAAUUUGAAAUACAUCCAGGUUAAUAUUGUC